AUGGAGACCAUAGACACCUCUAAGCGACUGGCGCAAUUGCGCGAUCUUAUGCGCCAACACAAAUUGGAUGUCUACAUUGUGCCUUCAGAAGACAGUCACCAAUCAGAAUACAUUGCACCGUGCGAUGCAAGAAGAGCAUACAUCUCAGGGUUCACAGGGUCAGCGGGCACUGCGGUGAUUACGCUUGAGAAAGCCGCGCUGGCAACGGACGGAAGAUACUUCAACCAAGCCUCCAAACAGCUUGACAGCAACUGGCACUUGUUGAAGCAGGGUAUGGAAGAUGUCCCGACCUGGCAAGAAUGGACGACAGAGCAGGCCGAAGGGGGUAAGACUGUCGGUGUUGAUCCCACCGUUAUCACAGCCUCCGAUGCGCGAAAACUGAAGGAGACGCUCAAGAAGAAGUCACAAGCAACGCUGGUCGGCAUAUCAGAGAACCUCGUGGACGAGAUAUGGACAGACCGGCCUCCCAGGCCGGCGGAAAAGGUUAUUGUGCUCUCCGAAGUGUAUGCAGGCAAACCCUACAAAGACAAGUUGGAUGAUCUACGGAAAGAGCUGAAGAAGAAAAAAGCCGCCGGAAUGGUCGUGUCCAUGCUUGACGAGGUCGCGUGGUUGUUCAACCUGCGUGGCAGUGACAUCCCCUACAACCCUGUCUUCUUCUCGUAUGCAGCUGUGACUCCCAAGUCGGCGAUUCUGUACGUCGACUCCAGCAAAGUCGGCCCAGAGGUGAAAGAACACCUGAAUGGUGUGGUCGAAAUCAAGCCUUACGACGCGCUGUUUUCCGAUCUGACAGACAUUGCCCAGACCGCUGUGAAUGAGUUGCAGACCGACGAAAUCACGAAAUCGCACACCCCGAAACUCCUCCUCUCAAACAAAUCGUCAUGGGCAUUGAGUCUUGGCUUGGGAGGAGAAGAGAAAGUAGAAGAGUCUCGGAGCCCUGUCGCAGAUGCCAAAGCCAUCAAGAAUGCUACAGAACUCGAAGGAAUGCGACAGUGCCAUAUUCGAGAUGGUGCUGCGUUGAUUGAGUAUUUCGCGUGGCUGGAGGAUGAGCUGGUCAACAACCACGCAUGGUUAGACGAAGUGCAGGCAGCCGACAAGCUCGAGGAAAUCCGGUCCAAAGGGGAACAUUUCGUCGGGUUGUCAUUCGACACCAUCUCCGCUACAGGGCCAAAUGCUGCGGUCAUCCACUAUUCUCCUGAACGUGGUAACUGCGCAGUCAUCGACUCGAAAGCCGUCUACUUGUGCGAUUCAGGGGCCCAAUAUCUUGAUGGGACCACGGAUACGACACGAACUCUACACUUUGGCGAGCCUACUGAGAUGGAGAAGAAGGCUUAUACAUUGGUCUUGAAAGGUGUGAUUGGGCUCGAUCGAGCGGUGUUUCCCAAGGGUACCACUGGAUUUGCCAUCGAUGCUUUCGCUCGACAACACCUGUGGCGGCAGGGCCUUGAUUACAGACAUGGAACCGGUCAUGGCGUUGGCUCAUUCCUCAAUGUCCAUGAAGGGCCUAUUGGGAUCGGCACCCGCGCCGCAUACUCCGAGGUGUCACUGAGUAUUGGCAAUGUCAUAUCCGAUGAACCGGGCUACUACGAAGACGGAAGCUUUGGGAUUCGCAUCGAGAACGUGAUUAUGGCGAGAGAAGCAAAGACGAACCAUAAGUUCGGCGACAAGCCCUGGAUCGGGUUUGAGCAUGUCACAAUGGUGCCCAUGUGUCGAAAGCUGAUCGACCCGUCAUUACUAGAUCCCGAAGAGAAGGUCUGGUUGAAUGAAUAUCACAAGGAAGUGUGGGACAAGACAAGUGGCUUCUUCACCAACGACGAGAAGACGACCAAGUGGUUGAAGAGAGAGACUGCCCCGAUAUGA